UGAAUGGUUGCUUUAAGUAAUGAAAGACACACCUGGAGACUGAAUGAUUCGAACGAAGCCAAUGAAGCUCAGAGCGACCAUUGCAUUCCUCGUCCUGUUGGUGACGGUCGUCAGUUACAUGUCCAUCAAGCUCGUCUAUGUCGCCUGGGAACAAGAGCGAGUCCGUGGUCAAGAGCUUGGCAGAAAGACCAGCACCAACUAUAUUCUAGUUUCCAAUGGGCUACCGAUUUUGAAGUCGAGCCACAUUAGUAACGAAACCAGCACAAAUCCUCAGUUUCGGUCGCAUCCAGGUUUUGGUGAAUUUGUUUCAGUCAAUUGUAAAGCAAUAUUCGAAGGUGACAUGCAAGCCAUAGAACAAGCCAAUAAUAAGAUCCACUUACGUGAUAAUUUGUACAGUGACCAAGCGAUACAUCUGCAGACCCAGAACUGUGAAGAAUUCCGACGUUAUCAUGGUUAUAAUUCUGUUCCCACCACGAAGGAAGAGACCAACUUCCCUAUAGCCUACAGCAUCGUGUUUCACAAGGACAUAGCUCAGGUUAACAUGCUACUAAAAGCGAUCUACCGACCCCAGAACCUGUACUGUCUACAUUUGGACGCGUACUCUGGCAAUGCUAUUCGAAGUGCGGCCGAAUCCUUAGCUGCUUGCUUUAGUAAUGUCUUCCUUGCAUCAAGGUUAGAGUACGUCACCUAUAAAGGUUUCUCUCGUCUGCGUGCCGACAUCAAUUGCAUGGAGGACCUACUUUCCAAGACACAGAAGUGGAAGUACAUGAUUAACCUUCCAGGACAAGAAUAUCCCUUAAAAACUAAUCUAGAACUCGUGAAGAUAUUGAAAAUUUACAAUGGCUCCAACGACAUUGAAGGCAUCACAGGCAAAAGGAUGUUGCCAAUUCGCUAUCAGUAUAAGCACAAGUACGUCUCCAGUAAAUCGGGUAAAAGCUUGUUGAUUCGCACAGGUCAGCUGAAGGAGAAACCCCCAUAUAACAUCACCAUUGUGAAGGGGAGUGCGUAUGGGGUGUUUUCCAAGGAAUUUGUACGGUUUGUUGUCAAGACUAAAAUAUCGAAAGAGUUUCUACAGUGGUGCAAAGACAUCUCUAGUCCUGACGAGUAUUUCUGGGCUACGUUGCACCACAACACACAUCUCGGAACACCUGGCGGAUAUUCAGGACCUCCCGAUGAGAAACCAUGGCUAGCGACGUACGCAUCGUGGCGUGGCAGAGACCAGUGUGCUGGGAAGUGGGUGCAUGGUAUGUGUGUGUUUGGUGUGGGUGAUCUCCCUUUGCUAAUAACGAAGAAGGAAUUGUUUGCCAAUAAAUUCUACCUUGACUAUCAGCCAGUCGCCCUGCACUGUAUGGACGAAUGGAUUCACAACAAGACAACGGCUUCGCUGCCUUUCGACAGCAUGUAUUACCGAGCGUUACCUUUUGUCAAGAAACCGCAAUAAGACAUUCAGAUUAUUAAAUAGCACCGGGUGUUACUAAUAGCAUUGACACCCGGCCACUUCCAACGAGUUGGGAUUAUUGUUAUUUGCAGUCUUUAACAAAUAAUACAUACACACGCACACACACACAGAGAGAGAGAGAGAGAGAGAGAG